GCCUCUAUCGUGGUUUGUAACGCUAGGUAGCAGCCAGUAAGUAGCAGCUGGUAUAGCAUUUUGUGUGUUCCCUCAUCACUCCCUCACACCUUAUCCUAUCGCAUUAUCACUUUCUCCAAAUGGCGAACGACCAAGACCAGCAAGACUCUCCCCAACAAAAUGCCCCUUUCUCCGAUUCCGACUCCGACUCCGACUCCGACUACGACUCCGACUACUCCUACGACGAGGCGGAGGACGAGGCCUUCCGCCGCGCCUUUGGCCAACGCGACGAUGGUGACGACUCGUCAUCGCCGGAGAACCCGAAGCGCGAAGACCCGGAGGCGAACUUUCGCGCCUUCUCGGAGGCGCUGGAGAGUCCCGCGAUGAAGGAGCUGCACGAGGAGCUCGACCCUUUGAUUGCGGAGAAGAAAAACCCUUACGACUUCCCCAGAGACCCCGAGGAAUGGACCGAGCAGGACCUCAGGGAGUUUUGGGCCGAUGGGCCCUACGAAAUCGGCGGCACGGGCUGGGACCCCGUUUGGGCCACUGACGACGAGUGGCGCUAUGUGAAGGAGCAGAUUGCGGACGGAGAAGAGCCUCCCAUUGCGCCGUUUUAUCUUCCUUACCGGAAGCAUUACCCUCCCAUUCCUGAUAACCAUUACGACAUUGCCACCCCCAAGGAUGCUAUUGAGGAGUUGGAUAGGAUUGAGGAGUUUCUCAAAUGGGUUAGCUACAUUUUCGAAGAUGGAAGCACGUAUGAAGGGACUGUUUGGGAUGACUAUGCUCAUGGGAAAGGAGUUUAUGUUUCUGAUGAUGCAUUGGUCAGGUAUGAAGGUGAAUGGUUUCAAAACGAUGUGGAGGGUCAUGGUGUAGUUGAAGUCGAUAUACCUGUUAUAGAACCUGCUCCUGGGUCCAAGCUUGAAGCAAAGAUGCGAGCUCAAGGAAAGAUAAUAGCAAGGGAUUUUCUGUCCCCAGAAGACAGAGAAUGGCUUGAGAAGGAUAUUGAAGAUAUGUAUUAUCUUGCAGAUGGGAACUAUGAAAUCCCCUUUUAUGAGAAUGAGGAAUGGGUUAGGCAAUUUGGAAGAAAGCCGGAGAAAGGUCGCUAUCGUUAUGCUGGCCAGUGGAAGCAUGGGAGGAUGCAUGGAUGUGGUGUAUAUGAAGUUAAUGAGCGUAUCUUAUAUGGUAGAUUUUAUUUUGGAGAAUAUGUAGAUGACAUUUCGGGAUGCGAUGAAGACAUUUCAGCGAUGCAUGCUGGUAUAGCAGAAGUUGCUGCUGCAAAGGCUCGCAUGUUUGUUAACAAGCCAGAUGGAAUGGUUAGAGAAAAGAGAGGCCCAUAUAGUGAUCCACAGCAUCCUUACUUUUAUGAAGAAGAGGAUGUGUGGAUGGCACCUGGCUUCAUUAACCAGUUUUAUGAAGUUCCUGAUUACUGGAAAGUAUAUGUGCAUGAAGUAGAUCAAGAAAGAGAAAUGUGGUUAAACUCUUUUUAUAAAGCUCCUCUUAGGUUACCCAUGCCAGCUGAGCUUGAGCACUGGUGGUCAAAAGAGGAGAAUCAUAAGAUUCCUGAAUUUGUCCUUAUUAACAAGGAACCGGAGCCAGAUCCUGAAGAUCCUUCAAAGCUUAUAUAUACCGAGGAUCCUCUCAUCCUCCAUACACCAACUGGAAAUAUUAUCAAUUAUGUUGAGGAUGAGAAAUAUGGAAUACGUUUAUUCUGGCAGCCACCUUUGGGAAAGGGUGAGGAUGUGGAUCCUGAAAAGGCUGUAUUCCUGCCCCUUGGUUAUGAUGAUUUUUUUGGAAUAGAAGAUGAGAAAAAAAAGGAGAGCAUAUGGAUGUGUAUUAUACUUGCAAUUGAAAAUGCAUGCAAGCCAUGGUUUGAUAAGCUAGAUAAAUGGACUGAAGAGCAGAAAAAAAUUAAUGAAGAGGAAAAAAAAGCAAUUGAGGAAGAUCUUGAACUGAUAGAAGCUGAAAUUGGUCUAGAAGAGGCCAUUGAGGAUAUGGAAGAGUUAUUGCGCAUAAGAGAGAAAGAAGAGGAAAAGAAGGCAAAGAUGGGUUUGCUGGAUGAAGAUGAUGAUGAUGAUGACAAUGAAGGUGAUGGUGAUUAUAUGACUUCUGUAACCAAACAAGAUGAAAAGGCUCCUGCAAAGGUUGAAGAAGUUCUGGCAGAGGUGGAAGAGGAAGAGGAAGAUGAUGAUGAUGGGGAUGAUGAAGACGAUGAUAAUAGUGCACAAUCAAGUUUUGGGUCUGUUGAGCAGGGACAGACAACAGAUCAGCAGAAGGGAAAACCUGGGAAAUCUCCAUUUUCUGCAUCUUCACUUGCAUUUGCUUCUAGCAGCCUUAUCUCUGCUGUUCCAGCCAAGCUGCAACUAUCAUUUUCAUUCUGGAACAAGGGGAGAUCAAAACCGGAGUCAGUUCCUCCGCCAUGCACUGAUCGUUUGAGUAAUAUGAAAACAGUUGAUUCAGUCAAUUUCCGUCCUGUGACCAGCCAGAACGGUAGCUUGAAGGCUGUGGGCAAAACACAUGGGAAAGUCAAGACGAGAAGCUCUUUAGGUGGGAAAUUUCUUGGGGUGCACUCUCAGACUCGAUCACAUAUGUUGGCUUCUGCAAAUUCCAGAAGCAACUUGAAGGAGCCAAGAGUGAGCAGUGACAUGUGGUUGCAUGCAGCACCAGAGAGGGAUUUAGACAGCAUACUGUCUUUGCAUUCAUCAUUGUAUUAUUUUGAAUAACAUAGAGAGACUAUUUCGUGAUCAUAUCCUGUCCAUUUUUUCCCAAAUAAGAGAGGUUCCCUUGAAAUACAAGUUUUGAGAGCCGUUUUGUUGUUGUUGCCCUUUCUGUAGCAAAAAGGAGCACACGUAGGAUUUUGGUGAGGGCAGAGACAUAACAAAAUUUGUUAUUUUAUUUUAUUAUGUAUGUCAUUCUGAAUCUGAAAAGCAUCUGCUGAUAGAAUUGUUGAAUGCUGUUUACAUUUUUUCUCUUUCA